AGGCAGUUCGAACAGGCCUAUAACUUUUACAAUAUGAAGAUUUUUGCGAAGAUAUUGAAAUUGGAGUGGUUUUGCAAUAAUCCGUUUACAUAUUUAUGUGCUUACAGUUGAUUACAACAACAAUUAACUUAAGCAACAAUUAAAUAAUUUGGUUGUUAUUAUUAUUAUUUUUUUAUUCUAAUCUGUUUAAACAAUUUACUUAAAAGUUACAUAAAUAAGUCAACAGAAAAGCAACUCUGCGGCGCAUACAUACAGCAGACAAACUCAGCUUUGUUUAGCUUUUAUUAUCUAUCUAUUCGCUGAAUUUUUCAUAAUUAAUAAAAUUAGUAAAUAAAUUUAACUAAAGGGAAUAAACACAAUAAGACAUAAGUAAUUGCUUUUUCACAGUGAAAAAUAAGCGAAAACAAUUCCUGUUAGGUGAAAGUGUACACAAAACAAAAUUCUGUAUAUAGAUCACUGGAGAUCGAUAUUAGCAGACAAUGAGCUUUUACUUAAAAUACUGAAAGUUUAAUAUAAAAAAAAUCAUAAACAAUGCAGUAUUUUAACGUAAAGUGUGUGAGAAUUGCAAUAUUGCUUACGUUUAUCACAUUGUCCAGAUGCAGUUUUAUCAGGCAGCAGCCAAUAUAUGGCGAUAUUGUUGCAGCAUUUGCUGAUUUCAACUCUGAUGGAUUGACUGAUGUCCUCUUAAUAAGAAAUAACAUGAGUACCUUGGUAAUUAAAUAUGGUACUUAUACGGACAAAGGUGCUUAUUUACGACAUGACCCCUACUGUAAUUUCGAUGGUCUUGAAAUCACUAGUGCAGUACCAGGACAUUUCGAUGGCGAUGCCUUAAUGGAUGUGCUUAUAACGCUGAAACACAAACGAAAUGCCAAGGAAUAUAUUAAACAUAUAUAUAUCAAUUGGGGCAGCCCGGAUGGUAUUAAUUGCUCGACUGCAGAAAACCCAUUUUUAAUCACACUUCGUGAUUUUUGGCCAUUGGAUUUGAAUUUGGAUGGGAUCACUGAUGUGUACGGUUUGGAUGAAUAUGGUGAACGCGUCUACUUUAUAUUCCAUCCGCAGCGAAAAAUCCCGGUAAAGCGUACGCAAUUAGUACCGAGUGGUUAUGAAGAAUUAAUAUUCUCAGUGCCGGGGCUUAUUGCUUUUCAGAUUGCAAUUAUAAUAUUGCAAUUAAUAUUUUCAUUUGUAAAACCACGCCCUUGCGCACCCGCGCUUGUCACAUAAAUUGUUUUAGAUUCUAAACAAAAGGCUAAACUGCCGCCGUAGAGCAUUUUACGUAGCGCAUGCAUUUCUUCAGUCUUGUGAAGCAAAAAUCGCGAUACAAUUCUUCCGCUUCCAUAACUUCAUAAGGCACCUCUUCCAGCUUACUAUGAAUACAGAUGCGCGCAAUCCUACUAGAGUGCCUGUUUAAUAAGACGGGUUGAGGUUCGGUUUCAAAAUAGUACUCGAGCUCUGGUUUCCCAGAGCUCCUUUAUUUAUAGAAUAUUCUUAGCCUAAUUCAUGUAUGUGACACACACACAUAGUUGUGUUAUACAUGUACAUAUCUUAUUCCUAAUCUACUGCAUUAUGUACACAUAACUUAAUCUUAAGUGUUCUCAACGGCGACAGCAUAACAUAGCAAUCUCUUAUAUGUUAGUUAGUUUAGGAUCAAUUGUGAUCCUUUACAAUAAACAGUAUUACAGUAUUUGUAUUAUACUACAAUCUCUAUUCAAUAUACCCGAACAUGUAUUUCUAGUGUUGUUAGAAAUGGGCAAUUGAUAAAUACAUAUCUAUGUUUAGCGAUAAUGCAUAUAAAUAUUCAUAAUAUGAUAUCUGUAUAUGUAUAGUUUACAAAAAUAUCUUAUCUACAACUGUAGCCGUUAGGAACUGUUCAGAAAUCUGAACAUACUGCUCGCGUUUAAGUGUUUACAAAUAAUUCAAGAAUUUAUACAUCUUGGGCAUUUUAAUUACAAUAUGUAGAAGACUGACGGGUCGAACUCGUAAUUUUUUUUAUAUUUUCUUAUAUGUAUAUGUAUUAUUUUCAUUUUACUAUAUUUAAUAUUUUUAAAUGUAGUUUUAAUUGACUGGUACAGUAAUAAUUAAUUUCUGCGUCGGAGGGCUAUUGAGAUGACAAUUUAAUUCAGCUAUUAACAGGAUUUGGUUCGUAGUAUUUCUCGCAUAGUGUUCCAUAUGAUGUCAUUCUAAGUCCAAUGGAAAACUUCAAAUGGUAGUUGGUAUCGGCAUCUCGGAAUACUUUAAGGGGGGAAGGUGUGCCCAGAGUUUUACGUUUUAUGUAUUUAAACGCAUUGGUAUCUAAUUUGUUGAUACCUUGUUUAUACAACUACUAGCAGACCCGGCCACGCGUUGCUGUCGAUGAGUGAUUCAAGAAGUAUUUGAAAGACAAAAUUUAACACAAAUUAACAUAACAUUUUUAUAACAUAUUUAAUAAAUACUUAAAAUAUUUUUAUUUGAUAUA